AUGGACAUAAGCAUAGCCUUGCGAUUGGAGGCCUUAUAUCAGGAUGUAUCUAUAGACUUGAUUCAGGAGGAGUGGGAAUGCCUUGAUUUUGAUCAGAGGGAUGUGUACAGAAAUGUGAUUUUGGAAAACUAUAACAACCUUAUCUCAGUUGCAAAACUAUAUACCGUUUCUCUCUCCAUUUCUAAGCCAGAUAUGGUAUCCAUACUGGGGCAAGGGAAAGAACCCUGGAUGAUUGGCAGAAAGCUGACAAGGGACCUGCUCCAGAAACCAUAUAUAUGUAAGAAGUGUGGAAAAGCCUUUCAUAGCAAUUCAAUACUUAUAGAACAUCAGAGAGUUCACACUGGUGAGAAACCUUAUAUAUGUAAAGAAUGUGGCAAAGCCUUUCAUUAUUCCUUGGAUCUUAAAAGACAUCAGAGAAUCCAGACUGGUGAAAAACCCUAUGAAUGUAAGGAAUGUAGCAAGGCCUUUAAGAGUGCAUCGUAUUUUUUUAUACAGCAUAGAAUUUGUAGUGGUGAGAAACCCUAUGAAUGUAAAAAUUGUGCUAAGGCAUUUGGAAGUAGCUCAACCCUUAAUUGACAUAAGAGAGUUUAUACUGGUGAAAAACCCUAUAUAUGUAAAGACUGUGGAAAGACCUUUUGUAGCAGUUCAAAAUUUACAGAACAUGAGAGAAUUCACACAGGUGAGAAGCGCUAUGUUUGUAUGGCAUGUGGAGAGACCUUUUGUAACAGUUCUAUACUUACAGAACAUCAGAGAAUUCACACUGGUGAAAAACCAUAUGUCUGUAAAGAAUGUGGAAAGGCCUUAUCACUUUCAGACAUUCAUCAACAUUGGGGAAUUCAUAUGGUUGAGAAACCCUAUGAGUGUAAGGAAUGUGGGAAAACCUUUAGUAGUAGCUCUGCCAUUAUCUGGCAUCAGAGGAUUCAUACUGGUGAGAAACCCUUUGAAUGUAAGGAAUGUAGAAAGGCCUUUUAUCAUUCUUCAGACCUUUCUCAACAUCAGAGAAUUCACAAGGGUGAGAAACUUUAUGAAUGCAAAGAAUGUGGGAAGGUUUUUGUACGUAGUUUAAAUCUCAAUCAACGUAGAAAAGGUCAUGCUGCCUCUACAGACUCCGCUCUAUCGUGUCCUCCAACCGCGGGUCUUCCAAACUCUGCGGGGUCACCUCCCGCAGCAAGGCUCAAGCUGCGACUGAGGGUUCAAGACUGUCCCGAUCAGCUCUUCGGGGGGAUGGGGGUGGGGGGGAUUUUAGGCCACACUACAAGUCCCAGAAGUCCUCGGGGCGGAAAUAAACUUCCGGCGUUUAGCCGGAAGCAACCGGGAUUGCGAUUGCGAGUGACCCCGGUGGGAAACUGGGACUGUCAGAGGCCUCCGGAUGUAACGUCACUUCCUUCUAAGGUGGUCAGCUCCGUAGUGCUGGAGCGAGUGGAACGGCGCGGCGACCGAGGCCAUUGGUUUCUUCCGGGACUGGGGGACGUGAGCCUGACGCUGGGGAAGCUGAAGCUGCGGGCAGGCAUUGAUAGAGAUAUGCUCACACUGAGGCUAUUUGGAGGUUCGACAGUUUCUGGAAACUUGUGGUUGUGGGGUCUCUGUGGCUUGCUGCAUGGCGGAAAUCCAAGCUGGGCUACCAGCUGGAAAGGCCAAUACAAGAGAUGA